AUGCCACCAAAGGAAGAUUGGGACAAAUACGAAAAGUCGCAUGAGGAUGCCGAGGAUGAAAAGAUUGUUGCCCUUGACGAAGGAGAUAUUGCUUUAUUGAAGACUUAUGGUCAAGGUCCGUACGCAAAAGAACUCAAGGUGAUCGAAACAGACAUUAAAGAGAUCCAAAAGAAAAUCAAUGAAAAAAUUGGUGUAAAGGAAUCAGACACUGGCUUAGCGCCACCGAAUCUCUGGGAUAUUCCAGCAGAUAAACAACGCAUGCAAGAAGAACAACCACUGCAAGUAGCUAGAUGCACGAAAAUUAUCCAAGGCGGAGUCGGCGAGGGUGCGAAAUACAUUAUCAAUGUAAAGCAAAUUGCAAAGUUUGUAGUUGCACUGGGAGAACGCGUGUCACCAACGGAUAUUGAAGAGGGUAUGCGAGUUGGUGUUGACCGGAACAAGUACCAGAUACAGAUUCCCCUGCCUCCAAAAAUCGAUCCUUCCGUGACAAUGAUGCAGGUCGAAGAGAAACCUGAUGUUACGUAUAGUGAUGUUGGUGGGUGUAAAGAGCAGAUUGAAAAAUUAAGAGAAGUUGUAGAGUUGCCUUUACUUCAGCCAGAAAGAUUUGUCCACCUCGGAAUCGAUCCUCCAAAGGGAGUGCUCUUAUACGGACCACCCGGCACGGGAAAAACCCUUUGUGCUCGUGCUGUUGCAAAUAGGACUGAUGCAACGUUUAUUAGAGUAAUAGGAUCGGAGCUAGUGCAAAAAUAUGUUGGUGAAGGGGCGCGUAUGGUACGUGAACUGUUCGAGAUGGCGCGAACGAAGAAGGCAUGCAUUAUUUUCUUUGAUGAAAUAGAUGCUAUUGGAGGUGCACGUUACGAUGACGGAGCGGGAGGUGAUAAUGAAGUGCAAAGAACAAUGUUAGAAUUGAUUAAUCAAUUAGACGGAUUUGAUCCCAGAGGAAACAUUAAAGUGCUUAUGGCCACUAAUCGGCCCGAUACAUUGGAUCCUGCCCUGAUGCGUCCUGGACGUCUCGACCGAAAAGUUGAAUUUUCUCUGCCCGACUUGGAGGGACGAUCACAUAUUCUCAAAAUUCACGCAAAGAGCAUGUCUGUUGAGCGUGAUAUCCGAUAUGAGCUAAUCGCUCGAUUAUGCCCAAAUAGUACUGGUGCCGACUUGCGUAGUGUGUGUACAGAAGCCGGAAUGUUUGCCAUUCGAUCCAGAAGAAAGGUUGCAACCGAAAAAGAUUUCUUGGAAGCGGUCAACAAAGUUAUAAAGUCAUACGGAAAGUUCUCAUCUACACCUCGUUACAUGACAUACAAUUAA